GCCGCGAGGAGAGGCGGGACUUGCUGGCUGCUUCUGCUGUUUUUCCAGCCAGAGGAUCAGCUCUGCCGUCAGUUUCGGUAACAGCCACACGACGGAGACGACGGAAACAAAACCGUCGCUGUGAAACGUUUUUAAGCAGCUCUGAAGCUGCGUGAGUAGCGUUUUAUUACACAUACAAAUACGGAGAUUAUCCAACACGACGGAGGAGAUUUAAAAACCUGUCCUUCGUAAAGGAAAAGAGGGGGAAUAAGGGAUCUUUCGUGGCCUCUGUCCUUCCUGUCCAGCCCUUUGUUUUUUUUCUUUUUUUUCUUUCCACUGCUGUGCUUGUGCAGGCGACCAGUAGCGCCCCCGCGCGAGCUAACCAGAAAUAGCUCGAGGAUAGGGAGCCAAACGAGCGGCCGAGCCUCUUGCCUCCCGAGCGACGGGGGUCUCCCCGGCUCAGUUGUCCGAUGCGGAGUGAGGAUGAGUCCCGCUCUGGAAGCCCUCAUGCAGGCGGACGGGACUCCGUAUCCCGGAAAAGGGGUGAUGCUUGAGCCCUUCGUGCACCAGGUGGGAGGCCACUCAUGUGUGCUCCGGUUCGGGGAACAAACAAUAUGCAAGCCCCUCAUACCGAGAGAGCACCAGUUCUACAAGAGCCUUCCUCCGGAGAUGAGGAAGUUCACCCCUCAGUAUAAAGGUGUAGUGUCAGUCAGUUUUGAAGAGGAUGAGGAAGGGAACCUGUGCCUCAUCGCAUACCCCCUCCACAGUGAAUCUGGGGACCUGGAAAACAAAGAUCCCUCAGCAGACUGUGAACCCAAGACCAAGAUCCUGAAGUUGAGCAACAAAAAGCCGUCCUCGUUGCUUUUGGAGAAUGACAACUACAGCAAAGACAGAGCUCGACACAGCCGUAAAGAAGACAAGAUCAUGAGUUAUAAUCGUGAGGAGAUGCAGCAGCAGGCCGAGGUUCUCUACUUCAGCCUGGAAAAAGGCAACGUUGUGCCACAGAUCAAACACAACCCUUGGAGUCUCAAAUGUCACCAGCAGCACUUACAAAGGAUGAAGGAGAAUGCAAAGCACCGUAACCAAUACAAAUUUAUUCUUUUGGAGAACCUGACGUGGCGCUACACAGUACCAUGUGUCUUAGACUUGAAGAUGGGAACUCGCCAACAUGGAGAUGAUGCAUCAGAGGAGAAGAAAGCCAAUCAGAUUCGCAAGUGUCAACAGAGCACAUCUGCUUCUAUUGGAGUGCGACUUUGUGGCAUGCAGGUGUACCAGUCAGACUCUGGCCAGCUGAUGUUCAUGAAUAAGUACCACGGCCGUAAGCUGACUCUUGCAGGCUUCAAGGAGGCGCUCUACCAGUUCUUCCACAAUGGGUGUCGCCUGUGGCGAGAGCUGCUGUCCCCAGUGCUGCGCAGACUCCGGGAAAUGCAAGCCGCCCUGGAGGCCUGCGAGUCCUACCGCUUCUACUCCAGCUCCCUGCUCAUCAUCUACGACGGAGACCCUCCCAGGACUCGUGCUAGACCUAGACACCGUGGUGGGGAGGAAGGUGAUGAGGAUGAACCAUCAGAUGACGAAGAAGAGGAGGAGAUAGAGGACGAUGACGAUGAUGAUGAGGAGGAGGAGGAAGAGGAGGAAGGGGCCUUUGGUUUCCCUCGAUCCUCCUCAGCCGGUGGCACCGCCGGUGUGGCCGGAGGGAGCAGCAACAGUGGCAGCAGUCGCUCCUCCCACAGCACAGGAGAGGCCAGCAGCCCGGCGGUAGACGUGCGCAUGAUUGACUUUGCUCACACUACGUGUCGGCACUAUGGGGAGGACAGUGUGGUGCAUGAAGGCCAGGACAGUGGUUUCAUUUUCGGCCUUCAGAACCUGAUCACCAUUAUCUCCGAGCUGGAGGAUCACAGUACUGACUGAGGCUCAACCUGAGCCAACAUGGUCUAAAUUUCAAGCAUGGGAAGAGCUCAUUGAUCUGAAACCCUGCUACUCCAAGGUGCAUCGCCCUAACGCCUACGUGGGGGUCUGACCAUUCUCUGCUUGGAGGGAACCUCAGACGGCUCAGUGUCAGAGGAGAGUGUCCCGCGCUCUCCCUCACCUGACAGAGGACAGGGCGUCCUGUGCCCUUGCUUGCACUUUUCUCUUUCUGGGACUGCUCCUUUUCUUUGUUAUAAAUGGUAGGAGAAACGUUGUAUGAGACGGCGGUCUUUCAACAAACACAGGGACUCCUGUACCAUCCUAGGACCCCACUUCCCCUCUCCUCUUCUGGUAGAGACAAGUUUCUUUAUUGUUAAGUUCUCUCUGAGAGAGAAAGAGUGAGGCAAAAAUAAUUGAAGCUCAAGUGUAGUUCUAGGAGCCUAACGUGGUGCUUUACCUGUGAUAUGACAUGUUGUUCUCUUUUUUUUGGAUGAAGUUUGGACCGCCGGUCCUGCACAGCACAUUACUAGUGGGGAAGUUGACUGUACAAGCUGACCUUGGCUGGCUGGGUCAGUACCCUUGUAGCAAUUUAAACAAUUUAAGCUUUUGAGAAGGACAUUUUUUGUUUCUAUUGGUGUCUCUGCAGGCCCUUGCAACAAACAUGGUUUGUGUGUCCACAGGGCACUCGUAUUUACAAUUUUUUGGGGGAAGAACAAGAUUAUUUUGGUCUAGAAGAAGGGAUUUGCCUUUUUUCAACAGUUGCCCUCCCCAUGUAUUUUUUUGCAUAUGAAAGAAAGACUUUUGAGAAGGUAAUGUCCUUGUUUUGUAACUGUCCUUGUUUUUGUCUGAUUUUCUCCUCUUCAUUCCUGAAACUUUGACUAAACAAAGAGAAUAUAUUGAUUAAAAACACUAGCUACAAAGACUAUAUAGAGAUUAUUUAUUUGAAAGGAUUGUUAAAAAAAUAAAUAAUGGAAACCGCUACAUUCCAUACUACCACUCUAUCCGUUCUGAUACCAACUUUGAUUUAUUUUAUUAUUGCAAGAGAUGAUUGUUCUCUUGUAUACCUGUGUGUUAACAGUGUCUUGAAAAAUAAAGGCAUUCAUUUGUG